AUGCUAAGGAGGUUCACCCAUAACUUGGCUCAAAGUCGAAGACUCAACACCAGAAGUCAUGUUGCUCAAAUUGAAGACGAUAAAUCUCAAUUGAAGACUCACGCUCUUGCCUAUGACACUAACAAAACUGGUGAAAAUUUCAAGGCUAUGGCUUUCAGUCAGAGAACACCAACUUUCCGUCCACAACUUUCUGUUCGUCGCGUCUACGAGACUUUGCAGCCUCGAUCAGAGGCUAAAGAACUCCCAGAAGCUUACCUUCUGCAUAUUUAUCUUCCUGGUUUUCCAAGGGACAGUGUAAAGAUUACAUAUGAGGCCUCUUCACGAACCGUGAGGAUUUCUGGAGAAAGACAAAUUCAAGGCACAAGAUGGCACCGUAUUGACCAGUCAUAUCCCAUUCCUGAUUAUUGUGAGGCAGAGGCACUUCAGGGCAAGUAUGACGCUCCAGUUCUCACCCUUACAAUGCCAAAGAAGUCCACAACCAAAUCACAAGCUGCUCCUAAACAAGUGGGAACAUCCCAAGACAAUGGUGUAGAAGCUGAAUCAAAGCCUGGUGAAAAAGUCCAAGAUGUUACUCCACCACAACCUACAACUACAACUAAAGUGGAAGAACCAAUUGAAGACAAGAAAAGUGCUUCACCAACAAGCCCUGACUUCAAGGCACAAAAAAAGGAAGACACACCAUCUCAAACCCCUUCAAAACCAAUUAGGAACCAAACGGGGCAAGAGGAAGCUGUAGAAAGAGUUGGUCCUACUGCUGAACCUCAAACGGGUGAAAAGGAGUUGGAGCAAAAACCACCAAGGGAAGCCACAAUGCAAAGAGAUGAAAAAACUCAAAAGGAUCAAGAGGGGGUUGUGCCAAAAUCAACACCAGCAGUGCCAACUAUAAUGGAAACAGAUGAAAAGCCACAAAAGGGUCAAGAGGAAUUUGGACGAAGACCAACAACAAUGCUAACCAAAGUCAAAACAGCUGAAAAGGACCAGAAGGGUCAAGAGGAAUUUGAACCAAGACCAACACCAGCAAUGCUAACCAAAGUCAAAACAGCUGAAAAAAGUCAACAGGGUCAAGAGGAAACUGAACCUAAAUCAACACCAACAACGGAACCGAAAAUCAUCACAGAUGAGCAACCUCCAAAGGGACAAGCGGAAGGUGAGUCAAACCCUGCAAUAACAAAUGUUACCAGAAAGCCAACAAUUAAAGGGCAAUUGGAGGAAAAGAGGACAGAAGAAACAAGUGCUGAAGAUGCUAAGAAGGAAAGGACCUCAAAGAAGGAAGCUAAAGAGGAACCUUAUGAGUCAAGAAAGCCUGCCAAAGAUAAGGAGCAGGCUGAUUUUGAAGAGAAAGAAGCUGAAACAGAAAAAUUUAUAGCAAACGAAGCAGAAACUUCUGCUGCAAAAGUUCAGAAAAAAAGGGAAAAGAAAUCAAGCAGCAGAACUAGUCACAAAAAGGCAGGGAAGAGUGAAGAGAAUGCAGUUGAAGGUGUUGGCUGUGUCUCCCAGGUUUUCUCAAAAGUAGGAGAAGGGAUAUUGAAUGAGGAAGAGAAAAAAUUAGCAGCAAAUAUUGGUGCUGCAGUUCUGAUCAUUGCUGCAUUGGGAUAUUAUAUAUCUUAUAGGUUUACCUCUUGA